AUGGACCUGCGGAUAUGGUUGUUCACGAUAUUCUGCUGUCUGCAUCCGGUCUGCGGGCAAUAUCGAAUAUUCAGCAUCGAUGCGCCGUCGAAAUGGCGACUUCGAGAGUUCUCCGGCCGAGCUGCGCCUUACGAGGUGAAUGUCCCGCUUAACAAACUGCCCAACGACGAGCGUAUCAACGAAUUGUUGCGGAAAACGUGGUUGGGU